AUGGCGUCGAGAAACAUCGACCCUUUGUCGGUGGAGCAGCCUUCAGGAGGAGGAGAAGAGGAGCGGGAGGAGCAGGAGAGAGGAGCGGGAGGAGCGCGGAGCCGGGUCCCAGUGAAGGUGUUGCAAGCUCACAGCGAUGCAGUGACCACAGCUCGACUCUGCUGCAACGAUCGCUGCAUCCUGAGCUGCUCCUCAGACUGCACCGCUGUCCUCUGGGAUGUGGAGAGCUGUCAGCCUCUGAGGACAUUUGUUGGGGGUCACAGUAAACCCAUCACUGAGUGUGCGCUGAUCCCAAACAGCAGCAGCGUGGUCACUGUGUCCUGGGAUAAGAAGAUGGUGGCCUGGGACCUCGAGACGGGACUCACACUGUGGAAAUGGAGGCAGCCCGGCCUGCUGACCUCCUGCGGUUCCUCGUCCGACGGCCGGCUGGUCGUUUGUGCCGUAGAUCCUCAGAACGCUGUUUCGAUCUGUGACGCCGCCAGCGGACGGACACUGCACCACAUCGGCGAUCAUCACCGCUCCACCAUCACGUGCUGUCGGUUUGACCCUCAGAGCCAGCGAGUGGCCACAGUUUCUGCAGACCGGCGCAUCAAACUCUGGGACCUGCGGGCCCAGAAAACCACCGUGGCCAUCGACAGUAAUCACGGCAACGUCGUCUCGGCCUGCUGCUUCACCGGCAGCGGGCGCUUCCUGUGCACGGCGUCGUGGGACAAAACGCUGAAGCUGUGGGACCUGCAGGCGGGGGGGUUUCGCUCUCACGGUGGGACUCCGCUGCAGGGAGGCCACGAAGGCAGCGUGAGUGCCUGCUGCAUCUCUGCCGCUGAUGCGAACCUGCUGGUGUCUGCCUCCUACGAGAGGACCGUCGCUGUCUGGGAUUUGUCGACCGUCUCUCAGACUCUCGUCCUGAAGGGCCACAGUGAUUGGGUGACAGAUGUGUCACUGAGUGCUGACAGGAAGUUGGUGGCUUCUUCCUCCAAGGAUCAGGCUUCGGUAUCCUGGAUGCUGGUCUGCUUUCUGAUGAUUCGCUGGAGAAAACCUCAGAAGUUGCAUUCUGGGUAAACUUUGAAAGCAGUAUCGGCUACUUCAACCUGUGACAAACAGACUGAGCCAGAAUCGCUGUUUCUGAGCCGGCCAAUCAACAAAAAGCUCCCAGCUACAGGUCUGACUGGUGGUGAUGAACUGGGAGCUAGAAGCUGCUGAGACGUCAUUUCUUCUGGAAGUUUAGAAGGAUAUUCAGCAGAGAUCGGCUGAAGCACGCGUGCUUCCAUCUGGGAACCUCAGCAGAUCGUGCAGAAGAUGAUGAUGAUGAUGUCAGAGUAACCGAGGUCUUCCACUGUGGGUGUCUUCAACAAAGACGCAGCAUCUUCUGGCCAAACAAGUGUUCAAACAUUAGAAGAACUGGCUGCAUAAACAUCUCACAUGAAAAAAGCGUUGUUGACAUCUGCUGAUGAUGUGGGAGGAUAACCAAAGACUAACAGACCCCACCUGAGAAGAUGAAGACAGGUAAACCAAAACAACACGGAGAAAGAGGACAGGUGUAGGAGCCAUAAAGCAGAAAAGAUAGGAUGUGAAAAUAUAUGUACAAUUUAUAGUUGCAAUUUAUAUUUUGUUCCAUUCUUGAUUCAUGUCAUUGUGUAGUUCAUAAUUUCAAGAAAAUGAUUGUUGAUAUAAAAAAUGUUUGAUGACGCUCCCUUAGAGUGACGUAACUGAGCAUGUGCAGCACCAGUUAGUCAGAGCUGCGCAAGGCACGAGAGCAUAUAGUUUUCUUACCGUGUGCCAUGCUUGAAGUGAUUUUUGUAACCUUUUGAUUUUCUAAGUAAAGACACCUAAACGUAAAGAGCCUGUCAUGUCGUGCGCGUGAAGAAAUUACUGUGUCUGCAGCUCUAAGGGGUAUUUUUUAGAAACCAAAGAAAGAAAAUACCACUACAACAGGUGCGAGCAAGGGACUGAGAUGGGUGGAGGUCCCUUGCUCGUCCGCUGAAGGUCUUCCUCUGACACCGGCCUCAUCUUCAUCUUCAGUCUCUGAUUCCGUCUGCGUCAGUAAUUAAAUAAUAGUCACAUUUGAACAGUCCUGACUGCAGCUUAUAGCUGUGAAAUGGAGGAAAAUCCUGGAGUUCACAUGCUCUGUGUAAUAGAUACAUCACAUUGAUCAAACUGCUUUAGGUCCUGAAGAAGGUUCUACAAAUCCUUGAAGGACCUGCAUAACAGUGUGGAUUGGUGGGCACUCUGGUCUGUAUCUUUAUUGCCUGUUCAGCUUUGUUUUGGCAUGUGAACGUCCCUUUGACUCAAAAAUGCUGGGAAAACAUUUCAAUCCUUCCUUUGGGGCACCUGUGAAGGUUGAGACUCUGAGAGGCUGCAGCAGCAAUGAUUUCCACCCC